AUGCUCAACCUCUCCCCCUCCUCCGGUCCCAAACCAAAAUGCAUCGUCACAACCACAAAACUCCCCGCCUUCCUCGACCACGAACAACCACCCACCAAAAAACGACCCUUCUCAACCCUCCUAACCCAAAACUUCACCCACACCCUCAACCUCCUGCUCCCUUCCUCCGCCGCCGAAACCCUCCAAACCCACCUCUCCUCCUCCCCCAACUUCAACGGAAAAUCAACCUACUCCAUCCUCCACCUUUCCCCCCUCGCCCUCCUCACCAACCCCUUCUUCACCACCUACAUCAAGUCCGGCAAUGUACUCAUGCACUCCUCCGGCCGUCCCGGGAUCGACAGUCCGAUCCUCAGUCUCUGCCAUGGGGUGCUGCGCAUCGAAGUCGAUAAACCUACGUUUGAACGAUUGGGGUUGGAAGGGAAAGCUAUGCCUACGUUUGGGAGGAAACAUGUCAAAGCGAGGUUUGCGAUUGAGUUGGAUUUACGACUUCCGAGUAUGGUGAGGGGGAAGAAGGGAUUUGAUCGCAUCGUAUGGGCGUUUGGGAAUGUGUUGACGGACACUUUGACGUGGGUAUUUUGUGACUUGGCGGGAGGGGAGGCGAUGGUGCCGGUGUUUCCGGUGAGGAUGAAGGAGCAGGAGUACGCGGAGGCGGCGGAGGUGUUGGAGUGGUUGAGUUUGGCGAUGUUGGGGUCACCGCGGAUUCUGAAGGGGGAUGAUGUUGAUGCUUUUUUGUCAAGAUAUCGGGUUCCGAACGAUGCUGGGGAGCCGAUGGAGGAGGAUUUGGUGAGACUCCAGUGGAGGGGUUUGAUACCACCGACGUUUGCGCAUAAGAUUCUUCUUGCUGCGAUGAAAGCUGUGGGGCAACAGUGGGUUGCGGUUGAUGGGCAGGCGUUUGGUGGAGAAGCGUACACGAUCCUUAUCAAUGAGGGGCACAGCACGACUUGGGAGUACAAAGAUUGA